AUGUUCUCGGGUUCGAACUCAUACCUUGGCGGCAAUAGUGGCCGUCAACCACAACAACCACAACAACCACAACCACAACCACCACAACAACAACAGCAACAAUAUGGCGGAUUUCAGCCAAACCAAGCUUUUCAACCACAGCAGACUGGCUUUCAGCCACAACAAACUGGCUUCCAACCUCAACCCACUGGAUAUGGAAAUGCGGCUCCUUUGCAACCCAAUUUCACAGGUUAUCCCCUUCAAGCACAACCUACAGGAUAUCCUCAGCCAACUCAACCAGGUUUCCCCGGAGGUCAACAGCAGCAGCAGUUCAACAAUGCUCCUCAACAGCAGAGCUUUCAAACGGGAGCUCCGCCAAUGCCACAGAUUCCGCAGCAAUUUCAGCAGCCUCAACAGGCACAACAAGCUCAACCACCCCCUGCAGCUCCUGUGCAGCAACCACAAGCUACCGGAUUUGCGGCAAUGGCAGAUUCAUUUAGAUCUACUGCUACGGAACCAUCGAAACCCAGAGGACGCAGAGCCUCUAAGGGUGGAGCAAAGAUACCAAGUAUAAGACUUUCUUUUAUUACUGCCCAAGAUCAAGUAAAGUUUGAAACUCUUUUCAAGUCUGCAGUUGGAGACGGGCAAACUCUAUCUGGAGAUAAAUCGAGAGAUCUUUUACUGCGCUCUAAACUAGAUGGGAACUCAUUGUCGCAAAUAUGGACACUCGCAGACACUACAAGAUCCGGACAGUUACAUUUUCCCGAAUUCGCUUUAGCUAUGUAUCUUUGCAAUCUCAAACUCGUCGGCAAGGCGUUACCAUCCGUACUUCCCGAUCAGAUCAAGAAUGAGGUUUCCAGCAUGGUAGAUAUCAUAAACUUUGGUAUCGAGGAUGAUGGAUUGGCAGGAGGAAAUGCGCCGAGUUUUGAUACCAGACAAAAUACCGCAACACCUCCGACUAUCCAGCAGCCACAACCAAUGCCUUCAAACUCUGCACUACUCACUGCGCAAUUGACUGGGUUUCCUGGACAGCAAAGCAACUUUUCAGGCGGAUUUCAACCGCAGCCGACAGGUUUCCAAAGCUCAAUGCAAACCGGUUUUCCUGGGCAGCAAGGAGGAUUGCAGCCUCAGCCAACCGGAUUCGUUCAGAACAUGUCCAACCCCCAAGCAACGGGGUACAAUGGACCGCACCCCCCCAUGCCUCCUAUGCCAUCGAACUUCAGUUCUCAUUUAUCCCCUGCUCAAACGGGUAUGCCAGGCGGUAUGAUUGCUCCAUUGAACAACCAACCAACAGGGAUUCCAGGACAAUGGGGAUUGGUCAAUGCGCCUGCAUCUGGAUUGCCCAAUAUCGAUCUACUGCAAUCCCGGAUGAUGCCGCAGCAAGGCCGUGAACAAGGCAACUUUACUACAGCUGGUAUAACAGGUAAUGCUGUCAUUCCAUGGGCAGUUACGAAAGAAGAGAAGACUAGAUACGAUUCUGUCUUUAAAGCUUGGGACGGAUUCGGAAAAGGAUUCAUUGGCGGCGAUGUUGCCAUCGAAGUUUUUGGACAGAGUGGUCUUGAAAAGCCCGACUUAGAGCGCGUUUGGACCUUAGCGGAUCAUGGUAACAAGGGAAAGCUUAACAUGGAUGAAUUUGCGGUUGCCAUGCACUUGAUCUAUCGAAAGCUUAAUGGAUAUCCUCUACCAGCUCAAUUGCCCCCUGAGCUUGUACCCCCUUCCACACGUAACUUCAAUGAUUCGAUCGGGGCUGUCAAAUCAUUACUUCAUCAAGAAUCAGACUUCCGGAAGAACUCUGGCGCCACGCUUUUGCCCCAAAAGACUGGAGUGAGCUAUCUCAAGAAUCAUUCAUUCCGUGGGGAUUCUGGAGUUGGUCGCACAGGCCGUAAAGACGCCACAGUAUUCAAGAAUAACGAUGAUGAUGUUGGGUAUAAAUCUAGUGCUCGUCGCAGACUUGGAGCCUCUUCCCCACGACCUUCGUCUCCAGGAUCUACAACUUCUAAUGAUGAUCUUUCUCUGGAUCAAUUAAAGAAGAAAGUCAGAGAGAGACAAGUAAUGUUAGAUGCAAUUGACUUCAAGGAUGAAAAUGCUGCCGAUGAAGAUGAUGCCCUUGAUCGAAAGGAUCGUCGUGAAGCGGAAGAUUUGUAUCGUCGCAUUCGUCGUAUUCAAGAGGAUAUCGACACGCACCCAGAUGCGUCGCUGCGCAACGUUGAUUCCGGCGCCGAGCGUCGUGCUAUGAAGAGACAAUUACAGACAUUGACCGACAAGCUUCCAGAUAUUGCUUCGCAUGUUCGACGAACGGAAAGAAGUAUUGCUGAAGCUAAACUUGAACUGUUCCGUCUAAAGGAUGCCAAAGCCCAUCCUGGAAGUGCUUCCAGCAUCGUUGGAACUGGUCCUGGUGGCGCUGUUACCGAAUCGGACAGACUCAAAGCAAGAGCUAAGGCCAUGAUGCAGCAACGCUCUGCUGCUCUCACCGGCAAGAAGAUUGAGACAAGCAAUGAUGAUCUGGAUGCGCCAACACGCCUCGAAGAAGAAAAUCUAAAGAUCAGAACCGAGAAGGAAAACAAUGAGCGUAUGGUUCAAGAUGUCGAAGAAAGUGUCCGUGAUUUUUCACGUGGCUUGGAGGACAAUCUCAAAGAUGGCGGCGAGAGUUCAUCUAGCGAACAUGAGAAGAGACGCUGGGAGGAUGGGUUGGGUGUUGAAGACGAAGUCAAAGACUUCAUUUUUGACCUGUCAAGAAGUAGCAGGAGCGCAAAAGUUAGGACGGACGAUCGCAGUAAGGAGGCUCCUCGUGCUGAGACUUCUCGUGCCAGCCCUGCUCCAGCAGCUCGUAGUGAAACUCCAUCGUCGCAGCCUUCAUCUACACCAACCCCUGCUGGGGGUACAUACUCACAAUAUAAGACGCCAGAAGAUAGAGCAGCGUACAUCAAGCAACAAGCCGAGCAGCGCAUGGCUGAGCGUCUAGCCGCUCUUGGUAUCAGGGCACCCUCUAAACCUGGAGAGACAACACAGCAGAGGUUGGAGCGUGAGAAGAAUGAACGUGCGGCUAAACUCAGGCAAGCGGAAGAGGAAGAUGCUAAACGUGAAGCUGAAAGGCAAGCUAGAAUUGCUGAGGAGCAGGGCGUCCCUCCACCUACACCUGAUCAACCAAAGGAGACCACGAAGAAGCCACCUCCACCCCCUUCAAGGAAGGCCGCAAGGAGUGAUGCUAGUGAACGCAGAUCCGAAGAGGAGAGAAUACUCAAGGAGCAAAAGGCACAGAUCAUUGUCACAAAUGAGCUAGAGGACGAUGCUCAACGACAAGAAAAUGAACUCGCAAAAGAACGCGAGGCAGCUCAAGCUCGUGUGAAAGCCUUGGAAGAUCAAAUGAAGGCUGGGAAAUUGAAGAAAGAAGAGGAGAAAAGGAAGAGAAAGGCUCUCCAAGCCGAUACCAAACAACAAGAAGCUCGUCUCGCGGCUCAACGUGCAGAAAUUGAAGCCGCUCAAGCACGUGAGCGGGAAUUGCAACGUCAACUGGAAGCUAUUGAUGAUUCAGACUCAUCGGAUGAUGAUGAACGCCCCGAGCAAGUCACACCGCAAGCAUCAACACCAACUCAGGGAAGUCAAGAACUUGAGCGCAAACAAGUUUCUCCACCCCCUCCCCCACCUUCGAUUGCUGUUGCUGUAUCACCAGUUCCUACUGCCGCAAUAACAACCAGUCUUCCAUCGCCAAUCCCCCAAAUUACGAGUCCUAUUAUUAGCCCCCCAGCUGAUGCAGAGACCCGCAAUCCUUUCCUGAAGAAGAUGGCCCAAUCUGGUGACGCAUCUACCGCAUCUAAUAAUCCAUUCCAUCGUCUUCCUUCUCAAGAACUUCCCAAGCCUGAACCAAUCCAAGCUCAGCCAACAGGUAACAGACCAUCUCGUGUUCGUCCAGAAGAAGACGAUUGGUCUGUUGUUGGAUCUGACAAGGAGGAUGAUUCUUCUGACGAUGAAGGACCUGGUGCAGGUGGCGCACGCCAUUUGGCAUCGAUUCUUUUUGGAACCAUGGGGCCUCCUCGUCCUUUGUCGGCUAUGGGUAACGAAGCUACAUCCACUCCUCAAUCCCCUGCUGCAGGAUCUCCAGUGAUGGCAUCCCCACCACCUCCACCACCAGUACCUAACUUCAGUGCUCCACCACCUCCUCCAAUGCCAUCAGCUGGUGCACCAGGUGGUCCUCCUCCCCCUCCUCCCCCACCACCGGGAAUGGGUGCUCCACCUCCACCACCAAUGCCUCCGAUGGGAGCAGCCCCCUCGGCACCAUCUGCUGGUGGACGACCCGCUGGACUUUUGGGUGAAAUUCAGAUGGGGAGAUCUUUGAAGAAAACACAAACUAAAGAUAAGAGUGCAGCUGCUACCGCUGGAAAGGUUUUGGGUUAA